GGCAGGUAGUGUCUGGGUGGAUGAGGUUUGUUGGUAAACACGCGAGAGAAAGGAGCGAGGACAAAGUAGUCAUGAGAGUCGUCGCGGAGUCUUGACCCUCCCUCUUGACGUCACGAGUCAAGUGUUAUGGGUUUCGAUGUGACGAGGUUCCAGGGGGAUGUGGAUGAGGAGCUUCUUUGUCCCAUCUGCUCCGAGGUCUUGGAAGAUCCACUCCAGGCUCCCUCCUGCGAGCAUGCCUUCUGCAGCGGGUGCAUCAACGAGUGGUUGUCAAGACAGCAGACGUGUCCCGUUGACCGCCAGACUAUCACCUCCUCGCAGCUGAAGCCUGUGCCAAGAAUACUACGAAGCUUGCUGUCCAAACUGUACAUAUCCUGCGACAACAAGCCUCAUGGAUGUGCCUCUGUGGUGAAGCUGGAUGCACUGACGUCUCACCUGGAGGAGUGCGAGUUCAACCCCAAGAGACCCGUGCCAUGCGAGCAAGGAUGCGGCCUAGUCGUACCAAAGGACGAGUUAAAGGAUCACAACUGCCUUAGAGAGUUGCGCACCUUAAUACAAAAUCAGUCCGGGAAAAUUGCCGAGUUGCAGCAGGAACUUGCGGAAAACAAAUACCAGCUCAAUGAACAAAAGAGGGAAAUACAGCUCUUAAAGGAUUUCAUGCGAGCCAUGCGCAUCAGCAACCCGCAGAUGAGAGCGAUUGCUGACCAAAUGGAGCAGGAUGAAGUGGCCAGGUGGGCGAGCUCUCUUGCACGUGCUCGAGUUACGCGCUGGGGAGGGAUGAUCUCCACACCUGAUGCCAUGCUACAGGCUGUGAUCCGUCGAGCCCUGAGUGAAUCUGGGUGCCCUCCUCACAUAAUCGAUCAGCUGAUGGAGAAUGCGCAUGAGAGGCGAUGGCCGCCAGGGUUGUCAACGUUGGAGACCAGACAGGUAAUGAACCGCCGCCACUACGAGAGCUACGUGUGCAAGCGAGUCCCGGGCAAGCAGGCGGUGGUAGUCAUGGCUUGUGAUAACCGCCACAUGAACGAUGACAUGCUCUUAGACCCUGGCCUGGUCAUGAUCUUUGCACAUGGGAUAGAGUGAAAGAGAGGAACAGAAAGAGAGGAAGAGAGAACAGAAAAGAUUGGAAAAAAGGCAAGCAGGAAUAAGAAAAUAAUUGGAGGAAAGUUGUUGUGCGCUCGCGGAUGGUGCUAUAUCAAAUCUUUUUACAUGUACAUAGAUUCUCUUUCAUAUUUUUUUUUUUUUUUUUUUUUUUUCUUUUUAUGUUGUUGUUAUGUGUGUCUUAAUUUUAAAGACUUUUUGUUGUAGCAAGUAGUGAUUAUGAUGAGUACGAUUUUUUUUCUGUCUCUUUUGUUCACUUAAUAAGCUGAUGGGAAAAAAAUGAACCAGUGAAUAAAAUUUAUGCCGUUAUUGCCUGUAAUGUUCUUACGAAUACAUGAACUUGGUUUUAUAUAUACAUGUUUUCUUUUUCUUUUUUAUUAUAAUUAAACUUGCAUUUCAUUUUAAUAUCAUCUGCCAAUACUUGAUCUGAUUCAAAUGUGCCGACUGGACUUGCGUUAAUGCCAUAGGUUAAACUCACCACGUAGAAUACUAAUGAACAACGAGGAUAGGAAGAUCUCAUUUACGCAUGUGAUAUUCCACAGAGAGUGCAGGUUCGAUGAAGGGGUCUUGAGGAGUAACCCAUUCUGUGAAUUAUUCUCUCUUAACCCAAUGGGGCCGGCUGUCAGAAAUCUCCCAGCGUCAUAAACUGUGGCUAUUUCUGGCAUCAUGGGGCCGGCUGUCAGAAAUCUCCCAGCGUCAUAAACUGUGGCUAUUUCUGGCGUCAUGGGGCC